AACAUUGACAUUUAACGCAGCACCAUCUAUAACUGAAUACAACAGCAAUAACAUUCGGAUUCGAAUAAUAUUAUUCUGUGUGUAUAAUUCUAUUACCAGUAAUCAGAAAUAUUUCGUAACUGUACGAAUAAACAUAAUCAUAUAUAUAUAUAUUAUUAUAAUAUUCGCGAAGAAGAGUUAUAUUUGUAAUAUGUGAAGUAUCAAUCAAAUUGAAGGUUCAUCGCGCGUAAAAUCAAAGUGAAGUAAUUAUAAUAAAAAAUUGAAUUCUCAAUAAGAAUUAAAUAAGAAAUUCAAGAUGCCUUGCGAAAUGAUAACUUUACAACUUGGCCAAUGCGGUAAUCAAAUUGGAUUUGAGUUUUGGAAAAAAUUAUGCGCUGAACAUGGUAUUAGUCCAGAAGGUAUUUUAAAAGAUUAUGCAACAGAAGGUACAGACAGAAAAGAUGUAUUUUUUUAUCAAUCAGAUGAUGAACAUUAUAUACCAAGAGCAGUAUUAUUAGAUUUGGAACCUAGAGUAAUUCAUACAAUUAUGAAUUCUCCCUACUCAAAGUUAUAUAAUCCAGAGAAUAUUUAUUUAUCAAAACAUGGAGGUGGUGCUGGUAAUAAUUGGGCAUCUGGUUAUCAUCAAGGAGAGAAACUUCAAGAAGAAAUAUUUGAUAUUUUAGACAGAGAAGCAGAUGGAAGUGAUAGUUUAGAGGGAUUUGUUUUGUGUCAUUCUAUCGCUGGUGGUACUGGUUCAGGUAUGGGUUCAUUCAUGCUUGAAUCCCUCGCAGAUAGGUUUCCAAAAAAAUUACUUGAAACAUAUAGCGUUUUCCCAAACCAAGAUGAGAUAAGCGAUGUAGUCGUACAGCCAUACAAUUCCUUAUUAACUUUAAAAAGAUUAACACAAUGUGCUGAUUGUGUUGUUGUUCUAGACAACACAGCACUUAAUAGAAUAGCAUCAGAUAGACUUCAUAUCCAAAAUCCUAGUUUUACACAAAUUAAUAAACUUGUUUCUACAAUAAUGUCAGUUAGCACCACUACACUUCGGUAUCCUUCUUAUAUGAACAAUGACUUAGUUGGUUUAAUUGCUCCAUUAAUUCCAACGCCACGAUUACAUUUUCUCAUGACUGGUUAUACUCCUCUUACUACAGAUCAAGAAGGAGCAUCUGUAAGAAAAACUUCUGUAUUAGAUGUAAUGAGACGUUUGCUUCAACCGAAAAAUAUGAUGGUUUCUACAGCAUUAGAUAGAAAUGCAUCUCACUGUUAUAUAUCUAUCUUAAACAUCAUUCAAGGUGAAGUAGACCCAACCCAAGUUCAUAAAUCUUUACAAAGAAUCAGAGAAAGGAAACUUGCACAAUUUAUACCUUGGGGUCCUGCUAGUAUACAAGUAGCCCUUUCAAGAAAAUCACCAUAUAUUCAAAGUACACAUAGAGUAUCUGGCUUAAUGUUAGCAAAUCAUACUAACAUAUCAUCAUUAUUUGAUCGUGCCUUACAACAGUAUGAUAAAUUACGAAAGCGAGAAGCAUUUUUAGAACAAUUUCGCAAGGAAAAAAUGUUCGAAGAUAAUUUGGACGAAUUGGAUAAUUCUAGAGAAGUCGUUGAAUAUUUGGUAAAGGAAUAUCAGGCAGCCACCCGAGUGGAUUAUUUAUCAUGGAAUCCCAGCAAAGUAGAAACAUAAAAUAUUCAAUAAUUUUAAUAAGAUUAUCGUGCAUAUAAAGAAAAACUUGAGAUCUGAUUAUCACUUGUUAUUUUAUGCUUUACUUUAUUAUCACAGAUGCUAUUUUGAGCAUUAGAGUUGAGUAUUAAAAUUGUUCUACGAAAAUUAAGUUUCAAUACUACACAUAUAGUAAAUAGCAAUUUUAUGAUAUUUUAGUACAAUUACAAAUAUUCUCAAUUUUUUUAUUUUAAAUCCAUUUCUAUUUUUCGUACACAAAAUGGAGGUAACGUAGCAAUUGUAAUGAAUCCUGUAUGACCAGGUAAAGAAUGAGCAUGCAUUGCAGUAAGCAACUUUCUCUCUUCAUUUUCAUGUCCACUUUGUUGUGCCAUAUCUUCGUGUAUAUCCUAAAACAUAGUUACCAAAAAAGGUCAUAUUAAUAUUUUCAAAACUGAUAUUUAAUAUCAUUCUAAGUAUAAAAUAUAAACUAAGCUCGUGCCAUUUGAGUUAUGAUAUUUAUACAUAUAUCUUUUUAUAAGAAUUGAACGAAAAAUAUUACUUAAUAAAAAGAAUCUUUCAUUUUACAACACAUAUAUUAAUUCUAUAUAUUGCAUCUAUUAUAUAUACCUCACAUUGCAGGUAUUCUAAAUUCAGUAUACGAAGAUUUCUAUAUUGUACAUGUACUUCUCUUUGUAAACAUUCGUAGGUAUUCAACUCAAUGAAUCCUUUUGAUACUAAUUUUGCACAAGUACGUUGAACCUGCUCAAUACAAGGAGAAAAAGAACAUAGUUUUCCACCUAAACAUAAAAUAAUGAAAAAAUCAUUUCUUUGUCCUACUGUAUUAAUUACUAUUUGUUUAUGUAAGUUCGUAAUAACUGAAAAACUUAAAUAAAAUUUUUUGCUAAAACAA